CAUGUUCAAAAUAAUUGCACUUUUGGCAGUUGUUGCCUUUGUAGCUGCAACUUCUACAACGCAGCAGCUCAAUGCUGAGUUUAGCGUCUUUCAAACGGAGUUUGAUAGAGAAUACGGCAGCGUCGAUGAGCAACUGCAGCGUCGGCAAAUCUUUAUUAACAAUAAGCUUUUCAUUAAUGCGCACAACGAACGCUUCGAAGCUGGACUGGAAACCUUCGAGCUGGGCGUUAAUCAGUUUACCGAUUUGACUUUCGAGGAAUUUGAGCGACUCUUCCUUUCAAAGCUUAAUCCGGAUAAUGUAACGGUUGCUGAAGAGUUUGUAGCUGAGACUGCUGUGCAGCGGGAUGGUCCUGCUAGCAUAGAUUGGCGCAAACGAGGAGCAGUGACUGCAGUAAAGGAUCAAGGUCAGUGCGGCUCCUGUUGGGCAUUCUCUGCCAUGGGAGCGUUGGAAGCCGCUUGGCAUCAAAAGACGAAGAAACUCGUUGCACUCUCUGAACAAAACUUGGUUGACUGCAGUCGUGAACAGUAUGGGAAUUAUGGCUGCCGAGGUGGCUGGCCAGAGGCGGCGCUGAAGUAUGUGAUCGCCAACAAGGGCAUCAACAGUCAGAAGACUUAUCCUUAUACGGCCAAGCAGGGCAAGUGCCAAUAUAAGCCAAAAGCAGUUGCCGCCAGAGUUAAGCGCGUCGUUAAAGUGGCAAGUCGCAAUGAGUUGGCCUUGAGAAGGGCUGCAGCUCUACGACCAAUAUCAGUGGCUAUUGCUGUCACUGCUUAUUUCCAAAGCUAUAAGAGCGGCGUGCUUAACGAUCCGAAGUGUUCUUACGUUAGUGUCAAUCAUGCGGUGCUUGUGGUGGGCUAUGGCAAAGCCGCCAAGGGAGGUGACUACUGGUUGGUGAAGAACUCAUGGGGCAAGCGUUGGGGUGAAGCUGGUUACAUUCGCAUGUCGCGCAAUCGCAAUAAUCAAUGCAAAAUCGCCGAUUAUGCUAUAUAUCCUGAAGUGUAAAUAAUCUAAUAUUCAACACUCUAUUUUUAAUUUGUAUGCUUGUAUAUUUUACAAAUAUGUA